AUGACGGCGGAAGCAGAGGCGGCGGUGAAUGCACUUAAGAAACUGGAGGCCAACAAAACGUGUGUGAAUUGUGGCAACUACAAUCGAUUUGGGCACCAGCACAUUUGUGAAAAGGUGCGCACGUUUGUGUGCUCAAACUGCAAGAGCGCGCACCAAAGCUACAGUAUGCGCGUUAAGAGUGUGAGUAUGAGCAACUGGACAAUGGAUGAGGUAGACGCGCUGCGGGAGGAAAACGGCGGUGGCAAUGCUGUAGCAGCGCGCGUCUGGUACGGCCGCUGGGACGAGAGUCAAAUGCGCAAACCUACCAAGGACGACGCGCUUGAUUAUUACAAGCGGUGCAUUGAUCGUGUGUACAACGACAAGGCCUUUUACGAUGAGAACGGCUUUAGUAGUGGAGCUAUUUCAUCUACAAGCUCAUCGAAAAAAGGCAGUGAAUGGUUAAUGAUGCCAGCUCCGGUGAUUAACUUGCUGGACUUUGACAUUCCACCACAGACGAGUAAAACUCAUGAUGAUUUUGGAAGCCCUUGUAAUGAUGAGUGGGGUGAUUUUGAGGCUGCUCCGGCGUUAUCGACCUCGAUGGAUGAAUUUGGUGCGUUUGCGUCGGCUUUAGAUCCCACCUGGACAGCCGACAGAAACGGAUUUGCGGAUGUCCGUGCUGAUGUUGCGGCAGCUAGCAUGGAUUUAUUUGGGGAGUUUGCUUCGGCCCCACCUGCAGUGGCAUUAACACCUUUUGACCCGUUUGCGAAUUUAGGUGGAAACGUGGUGACUUCAAAUGCUUCGUCUUCAAAGUGCGCAGCGCUGUUUGAUUCCUUUGCGCCUGCAGCUAUGAACCAGAGCCAGCAUCGGACGGCAUAUAGAAUGAACCAAUCUCAAGCAGCGACAUCGCCCAAGGACUUUAGUGUGUUUGACGGGAUAGUGGAUUCGUCAUUAGCAAACGGCACUUCUAUUCGUAAUAAAAGCGGUCAGUCUUGUGACCCUGUGAAGAUGGAGAUGAACGGACUGGGGAUGCACAUCCAGAGUUCUGAAGGCCUUCAACAUCUACAGCAAUUUGGAGGCGAGCAACACCUACAGCAAUUCUGGAGGCGCGCAACACCUACAGCAUUCUCGAGGCUCCAAACAGCAACAGCAGUAUAA